UUUGUUUAUCUGCUUCGUUUCAAUGAAAACUGCUUUGUACUCUGUAACCCGCCGUUUUGUCUUUUCCCGAAUCCAGUGGAAUUAAUCAUUCUAGGUUUGUGUGAAAGCUGACUAAAUCCUAUACUACAAAGUUUAAACAGUAUUUCCAUAUCAGUCAGGCUACAGCUAGUGCUCAGAUCAUUAAAACGUUUCGACGAAUUAGCAUCAUAAAUAUUCAAAUGCCUUCAGACCUCUCUGGCUAUGUUUGCGUGGUUACAGGAGCUAGUCGCGGUGUCGGCCAAGGUAUAGCUAUCGGCCUUGGUAAGGCAGGAGCUACCGUUUACCUUACUGGAAGAACUCUUUCAGAAGAAAAUGGUAAAGGAGGAGUUAGUCUCCGUGAUACUGCCCGUAUUAUUAAUGCAUCAGGUGGAAAAGCAAUCACUGUUGCUGUGGAUCAUUCUGAUGAUACACAAGUUGCAGGACUAUUUUCUCGUAUUCAUAAAGAACAAUGUGGUCGUUUAGAUAUAUUUGUAAAUUGUGCAUUUAGUGCAACUGAUUAUUUAUUGGAUAAUAAUAAUUCACCAUAUUGGGAAUCUAAACUUCGUCCAAAUGAAGAAUGGGAUUUAAUUAAUCGAGUUGGACUUCGUAAUGCAUAUAUAUGUAAUGUAUUAGCUACACGUAUGAUGAUAAAAUGUCGUGAAGAAUCAAUGGAUUUAACAAGGAAUAAUGAUGAAAAUGCAUAUAAUCAUUCUAAUAGUAUAACAACUUCACUUAUUCAUAAUAAACCAUUACCUACAGGAUUAAUUGUAAACAUUUCUAGUUUCGGUGGAAUUACAAGGAUAUUUAAUGCUGCAUUUUGUGCAGGUAAAUCAUCUUUGGAUCGACUUAGUCAAGAAAUGGCACGUGAUCUGAAAAAACAUAAUGCAAAUAUUAGUAUUGUCAGUAUUAUACCUGGACUUAUACAAACAGAAUCAGUUGUUUCAGCCUAUGAAAGUGGCAAUUCAGUUAAACUGUUUGGAUAUGAUGCCAGUUUAAGAAUGGGUAAAUUUUAUAUUAAUAAUUAUUUUCAAGUUUCUUAUUGAAUGCAUUUAGAAAUUAUUUGAACGUUAGCUAAAUGAUUAUUCGUUUUGUUUCUGAAGUUAACAGCAGUGCUCACCUGCAACCUUACACAAUAUUGAGCGUAUAAUCCUUAGAUCAUGUUGAUGUCAGUCUGUGAUUCGAACAGCCCACAAUUUAUACAAAAUCGUCUCCUGAAAGCUAACUAACUUGAAAAUAAAAUAUUGUUGCUAUGCCAGCUCCUGUUCUUGGUGAUGUAAUUGCAUAUUUAGCUCAACAAUCAAAUAAUAAAAAAUUACUUCAACAUUCUGGUCAUUGUUUAUUUGCUCCUGAUUUAGCUUCAGAAUUUGGUAUAAAAUCAUAUGAUGGUUAUAAUUUUACAAAUUUACGUUCUAUUAAAGGAUUAUUACAAUUAAUUGGUUGGAAACAUUUAGCUAUUUUAUUUCCAGGAUUUAUUAAAAUCCCUUAUUGGUUAAUUGCUAUAGUGACAUCGAAAUUUUAAAGUAUCCUGUUAUUAGUGAUAGUUUAUCUUUUAGCAUUUAACUCAUUUGAGACUCUUUUUUUAUUAACAUAAUGCAUAUGAAAUAGAACUAUAUUCAUUCGUCUACUUAUAUAAUUUAUCAAUAGUAUGAUAAACUUUUGCAAUACUCCUUUUUUCAGUUGUUUUUUUUUCUUAAAAUAAUAAUUUCUUUGUAUUGAUAAACUACAAUCUCUUUUCCUGUGCUAAUGUGGUAUGGCAACUCGAACUGAUGUACGUACGUACGAAGUUCUACGUUGUUACUGACUGACAAUCUCUUUUCAAUUAACGCUAAUAUUUGAUUAUUUAUUAUUGUCUUUAUUACUAUGUAUUAUUAUUAACAAUACUAUUAUGACUAUUGCUGUUUUACUGUGUUCACAAGGUUGUAUACACUGCUCAAUGUUUUCAAUAUUUAUAUCUUUAUUGUUCAACUGUGAAAUGAUAAAGGCAGCAAUUUUCAAAUUUCUUUCUGUUAUUCGGUAAAAAAACAGAUCCAUUUACCUCAUUAUUGUCUAUAAUCAUUAUAUGUAUACUUUUUUUAGUCUUCAUGAUCCAUCAUCUUCUUUAUAUUGAAUGGUCAUCAUCAUAGAUCUUUUUCAUUUCAUAACAAAUUGUUAUUAUAAUCUUGAUGGAAUUUUGUUCUGUGUGCUGGAUGGUUUAGAGCUUUCAUCGUUCUUUUGAACGACAUCAUCGAAUUUCUCCACAUAUGCUUCACAGCUUGUCCUGUAAACUUCGAUGUUGAUUGGUUCUUAUUAUAAUCGUAUAAUUUUCAGUUAACAAUAAUAUCAGUUAUUGUUCAUCAUACAAGUUGUUUACGUUUAUUACCUAUUAUCUUACUUGUAUAUGUAUGACAAGUUUUUUUGUUGUUGUUUACUUUCUAUUGUUUUAUUUCAUUAUCAUUGUGGUUAAAUUUGUAUUAUAUAAAUUUCCGUUAACAAAACAACUAUUACGAAAUAAGUUCAUUCCCC